AGGAAGCGGAUGGAAAUAAUUUGGGAAUACAGCUUCCUCUCCUCCACUGUGGUACCCUGAACUCAGACUACAAAGGGACGUGAGGUCGGGCACUGUUUAAAAUGGAAACAUUCUUUUUAGAGGGGGCCCGUGUCUGGCUGAGACACAAAGAACAGCUCCUCCCCUCCACCGUCAGCUCUUGUGAUGAUGCAUCCCUGGUCCUCACCACUGACUAUGGGAAGGUGAUCUACCUGCAGAAGGCGGAGCUAAACAGAGAGACGGUUUACCCGAUGCAUCUCAGCAGCAUCCAUGGAGCAGAAGACAUGUCUACACUGGCAGAGCUGCAUGAAGCUGCCAUCAUGCACAACCUGUUUCUGCGCUACCAGAAAGACAACAUCUAUACCAACAUAGGUUCAAUCCUGGCAGCUGUAAAUCCCUACAAGCACAUAGCAGGUCUGUACGACAGCACUUCCGUCGAUUUGUACAGCAAACACCAGAUGGGGGAGCUGCCUCCUCAUAUUUUUGCUGUUGCCAACGAGUGUUACCGCUGCCUGUGGAAGAGACAUGACAGCCAGUGUGUUCUCAUUAGUGGAGAGAGUGGUGCUGGGAAGACAGAAAGUACCAAGCUGCUUCUGAAGUUCCUCUCAGUGAUGAGUCAAAACUCAGCAGGAACUCCCCUGUCAGAGAGGACCACCAGAGUGGAGCAGGCCCUCGUCCAGAGCAGUCCCAUCAUGGAAGCAUUUGGGAACGCUAAGACUGUGUACAACAAUAACUCCAGUCGCUUUGGGAAGUUCAUCCAACUCCACUUUUCCCAGAAUGGAAAUAUCCAGGGAGGCUGCAUCAUUGACUAUUUGUUGGAAAAGAACCGAGUGGUUCGACAGAAUCCUGGAGAAAGAAACUACCAUAUAUUCUACGCACUGUUAGCAGGGGCAGACAAAGACCACAGAGACAUGUACUUACUGUCUGAGGGUCCUGAGUCAUAUCACUACUUGAGCCAGUCAGGCUGCGUAAAGGACAGCAGUCUGGAUGACAAGCAACUGUUCAACAGUGUUAUGGAAGCCCUGAAGGUGAUGGAGUUCACCGAGGAAGAGAUCAGAGACGUGUUCAAGUUGCUGUCUGCUGUCCUCCAGAUGGGCAACAUUGAAUUUAUGACUGCUGGCGGAGCUCAGAUCACUUCUAAAGGGGUGGUCAACAAUGUCAGUGAGCUGCUUGGCCUGGACUCCUUCCAGCUGUCAGAGGUGUUGACCCAGCGCUCCAUGAUCCUGAGAGGAGAGGAGAUCUGCUCACCACUCACUGUGGAGCAGGCCGUGGACUCACGGGAUUCAGUUGCCAUGGCGCUAUAUUCUCAGUGUUUCUCCUGGAUUAUAAUGAGGAUCAACCACAAGAUUAAAGGCAAAGACAAUUUCAAGUCCAUCGGCAUCCUGGACAUCUUCGGCUUUGAGAAUUUCGAGGUGAACCGGUUUGAACAGUUUAAUAUCAACUAUGCCAACGAGAAGCUCCAGGAGUAUUUUAAUAAGCACAUUUUCUCACUGGAGCAGCUGGAAUACAACAGGGAGGGCAUCCAGUGGGAGGCCAUAGAUUGGAUGGAUAACGCAGAGUGUCUGGAUCUCAUAGAAAAGAAACUGGGCAUGUUGGCUCUUAUCAAUGAGGAGAGUCGAUUCCCCAAAGGCACUGACUACACCCUUCUGGAGAAACUGCACAGCCGACACGCAACAAACCCAUACUAUGUGAAGCCUAGAGUGACUGACCACCAGUUUGGCAUCAAGCACUACGCUGGAGAGGUGCUUUAUGAUGUGCGUGGGAUCCUGGAGAAGAACAGAGACACCUUCAGAGAUGACAUCUUGUUCAUUCUCAAAGACAGCAGGCUCGACUUCAUCUAUGACCUCUUUGAGCGUGUGGGUAGCAGAAGUGGAGAUGAGACCCUAAAGAUGGGCACGGCCCGACGCAAGCCCACCGUCAGCUCUCAGUUCAGGGACUCGCUCCAUUCGCUGAUGGCCACACUAAGUGCCUCCAACCCCUUUUUCGUGCGCUGCAUUAAACCAAACAUGGACAAGAAAGCCAACCAGUUUGAUCCCGAUGUGGUCCUGAAUCAACUGAGAUACUCUGGAAUGCUAGAAACGGUUAAGAUCCGUAAAGCUGGAUUCCCUGUUCGGAGAACUUUUAAGGACUUCUACAGCAGGUACAAGAUGAUCCUGAAGAACAAAGUCCAUUCAGACGAUGAGAAGCAGAGUUGCUCAGAGCUUCUCACACUUCAUGACAAAGCUAAAAAAGAGUGGCAUCUGGGGAAGACAAAGGUGUUCUUGAAGGAGGCCCUGGAGCAAAGACUGGAGAAGGAGAGGGAAGAGGUGCGGCGCAGGGCUGGCAUGGUGAUCCGCGCCCACAUCCUCAGCUAUGUGGCAAGGAAGCAAUAUAAGAGGGUUCUGUCCAGCGUUGUCACCAUCCAGAAGAACUAUCGCGCUCACUUUUGGAGACGAGUCUUCCUGCGCUUGCGCUUGGCCUCGAUCGUCCUUCAGAAACAUCACAGAAGCCAGCUGGCCCGAUCCCUCUAUCGUCAGCUCAAGGAGGAGAAACAGAAGCGAGAGGAGGAGAGGAGGCGAGUAGAGGAGGAAGAGAGGAGGAGGAGGAUGGAGGAGGAGAGGAGACAACAGGAGGAGGAGGCGGAGAAGAGAAAGAGGGAGGAAGAGGAAGAGAAACAGAGGCUGAUGGACGAGGAGCUAAAGAGGAGGGCGGAGGAGGAAGAGUCGAGGAGGAAGGAGGAGCUCAGACUAAUGAAGGAGAAAGAGGAAGAGCAGCAAAUGGCAGCUAAAGGAAGCGGAAAAAGGAACUCACUUGUGGUGAAUGGUGCUUGUCAGAAGAAGGAGCUGUCCCAGACUGAGGAGGAGAGUCGUCAGAUGGACGAGAUCCUGCGGCUGGAGAGGGAGAUCGAGCGCCUGCAGAAGCAGCAGGAAGAUGGCGUGUCCCUUCUUGGUGACGUCUCUCGUGAGGAGCUGCGGCAGAUGAGGGAUGCUGAGAUUUACAGACUGGAGAAGGAAGCCUCCCGUGUGGCUACAGAGUUCCUGGAACUCUUGGACUUUGGUGGUUUGGAGCCAUCACUCUCAAGUGAGGAGAACCUCCAUGACCCAACUGAAUCUACUGCUCCCCUGGCUGAGGAGGAGGUAGACGAGGGUUUCAUCGCUGAAGAUGAGUUUGUUCCUCUGCCUGACUUCCCUCCACCAGCUGCAAUUCCUCUGGACAAGGAAUUAUUCCAAAGUAUUCCACCUCCUCCACCUGCCUUUGCGGAAAGACUACCCAGUUCCCCCUCUGACUCUUCUGCUGCCCCAGCAAAGCUCUCCCCAUAUACCCCCAACGGUCUGAGUCACGUCCCUGUACUCAGAGACUCCAAAAUCCCAGGCCCUCCUCUUCCUCCUCCUCCUCCUCCUCCCACUCCCCCACCUGUGGUCACCAAUGGAGAAAAGCAGCCAUGCCAGAGAGCCAGCAGGGGGUCGGACUUUGAGCCUGUGAUCGAAGAACCGUGCCACUCAAACCUGCCAGACACAGAAUCGGACUAUGACCAGGAGGAGUUUGAGGAGGCUCAUGGGAGCUCAGGUGCCAGCAUCAAUGACGGCCAUAUUACAGAUGAAGAGGUGUUACGAAAAUCCUCCUGCACCCAAAACAGCCUGGACUCCUUCAGAGGAAGCUCGGACUCGUUCAUUGACAGUGAUGAAGACAACGAUGGCUACGUGGAUACAGAUGAGGAAGUUUCCAAUGGGAGAGUGAAUCUACUGAAUGGCAGUGGGCCUCCCUACUUCCAUGGCUACCUCUACAUGAAGAGUGGCCUGAUGAUCCCAUGGCGUCGUCGCUGGUGUGUGCUGAAAGAUGAAACCUUCAUGUGGUUUCGGGCAAAGCAGGACUCUGUCAAAUCCGGCUGGCUCUACAAGAAAGGAGGAGGAAUGUCCACCUUGUCUCGACGCAACUGGAAGAUGCGCUGGUUUGUUUUGCGAGAGUCAAAGCUCAUGUACUUCGAGAAUGACAGUGAAGAGAAGCUGAAAGGAACCAUUGAUAUCCACACAGCCAAGGAUAUAGUGGACAAUCAUGAGAAGGAAAAUGCACUGAAUAUUGUGACUGGGGAGAGGACCUACCACAUCUAUGCAGAGUCCCCAGAAGAUGCCAGUGGUUGGUUCAAUGUGCUGAGUCGGGUCCACAGCGCCAGCCCGGAGCAGCUCAUGGAGAUGCACCAUGAACAGGCCAACCCCAAGAAUGCAGUGGGCACACUGGAUGUGGGCUUGAUUGAUUCUGUCUGUGCAUCAGACAACCCUGACAGACCAAACUCGUUUGUGAUCAUCACGGCCAACCGGGUGAUUCACUGCAACACAGACACACCUGAGGAGAUGCACCACUGGAUCGGACUGCUGCAGAAAUCCAAGGGAGACUCCAAAGUUGAUGGACAGGAGUUUCUAGUCCGAGGCUGGCUGCAUAAAGAGAUGAAGUCAGGAGCGAAAAGUACCUCUCUGAAACUGAAGAAACGUUGGUUUGUUCUCACCACAAACUCUUUGGACUAUUAUAAGUCAUCAGAGCGCAGCGCCUCCAAGCUGGGGACUCUGGUCCUCAACAGCCUCUGCUCUGUGGUGCAGCCGGACGAGAAGGUCUUCAAAGACACUGGUUAUUGGAAUAUAAUCAUCCAUGGGCGCAAACACUCUUACCGUCUUUACACCAAAAUGCUGAAUGAAGCCAUGCGGUGGGCGAAUGCCAUACAGGGAGCGAUAGACAGCAAAGUUCCCAUAGAAACGCCAACACAACAACUCAUCAGGGACAUCAAGGAGAGCAGUUUGAAUGCAGAGGCCGUGGAGCAGACGUACUGGAGGAACCCCAUCCUGAGAUAUACCCAGCAUCCUUUGCACUCCCCUCUUCUACCUCUGCCUUAUGGAGAUGUCAAUGUCCAUUUGCAAAAAGAAAAGGGUUACACCAGCCUGCAAGAUGAGGCCGUGAAGAUUUUCAACUCACUGCAAGAAAUGGAGGCAGUGUCAGAUCCCGUGCCAAUCAUCCAGGGAAUCCUGCAGACCUGUCAAGACUUGAGGUCAUUAAGAGAUGAGGUCUACUGUCAGCUGAUCAAACAAACCAAUCACGUCCCUCACCCUAACAGUCCUGCCAAUCGCGCCCACUGGCAUCUCCUUACCUGUAUGAGCUGCACCUUCCUGCCCAGCCGUGGCAUCCUACGCUACCUCAAGUUUCACCUCAAAAGGAUCAAGGAGCUGUUCCCCGGUACAGAGAUUGAAAUGUUUGCUCACUUCAUCAGUGAGUCUCUGAAGAAGACCAAGGCCAGGGAGUUUGUUCCCUCCCAAGAAGAAAUCAUAGCACUGCUUACUAGACAGGAAAUGACCACCACAGUCUACUGCCAUGGAGGAGGCUCCUGCAAGAUCUCCAUUAACUCACACACAACCGCUGGAGAGGUUGUGGAGAAGCUGAUUAGAGGUCUGGCUAUGGAGGACAGCAGGAACAUGUUCGCUCUGUUUGAGCACAACAACACUAUAGACAAAGCUGUGGAGAGCAGAGUCAUUGUGGCUGAUGUUUUGGCCAAAUUUGAAAGACUGGCUGGCAGUGAAGAAGCAGAGGAUGAAGGCCAGUGGAAACUCUAUUUCAAACUCUACUGCUUCCUGGAUGUGGAGAGCAUGCCUAAGGAAGGAGUGGAGUUUGCAUUCAUGUUUGAGCAGGCUCAUGAGAGUUUGACCAGGGGCCACUUCCCUGCCCGUGAAGAGACCCUGCAACACCUGGCAGCUUUACGCCUGCAGUUUCUGUAUGGAGACAAAUCCCGGGCCACCUGGAGCCUGGAAAAUGUCUACCCUGUAGGCCGCCUGCGCAGCCGCAUCCUACAGUUUACCAAAGUGGGUGGCGCCUCGGGAUCUGGACAAACUUUGGAGCGCCGGAGGACCAGCUUCCUGGAUGGGACCCUGCGUCGAGGGCUGAAGACGGGCUCAAUGAAGAAGCAGCGUAUGGAGGAGGAGCAAAUGCUGGAGAUGUGGAUAAAGGAGGAGAUGUCUGCCACCAGGGCGAGCAUCAUGGAGAAGUGGUCCCGCCUCAACGGUCUGGUCCAGCACCAAGCCAUGCUCAAAUAUAUGACCAUCAUCAAGGAGUGGCCUGGCUAUGGAUCCACACUGUUUGACGUGGAGUGCAAAGAAGGAGGCUUCCCUCAUGAUCUGUGGUUGAGUGUGAGUGCUGAAAACGUGUCUGUUUUCAAGAAAGGAGAGCCGAAGCCUCUGGAGACCUUCCCAUACGAGCACAUCAUCUUCUUUGGUGCUCCACAACCCUGCACCUAUAAGAUCACUGUGGAUGAGAGAGAAAUGUUCUUUGAAACACCACAGGUUGGAGAGAUCACAAAGAUCAUGAAAGCCUACAUAAACAUGAUCGUGAAGAAACGGUGCAGUGUGAAGUCAGUGUCCAGCUACAGUAGCAACUGGAUCAGGUGAUUGACAGGACAGGACACAGCACACCUGACCCACAAACAAGCAUGGAGAGAAGACACAGAGAUGGCAAGAGGAACAAAUCACCUCAACAGAGAUUUUGAAGCGUUUUGUUGCAGGCAAACCCCAUCUGGAAAGAUUUCUUUCUGUAGAGACACAAAAAUGUGACGUCUUUACCGCUUCUGGUAAAAGUAAGGACUCAAGCGUUUGUACCAUUUUAAGCUUUGCAGUCAUCCUGAGUGUUGCUUUUCUCCAUGCAGUCUCCAAACAUGUACACUGGUGAUUUGUCAUGCUACUUGAAAUGUACUUCAGGUAUCUUUUUAGUGGAUUUUAUUUUAAUGACAAGGAAUAGAUGGCAGAGCUUAAAGGCUCUUUGUUUUUCGACCAAACCUUCUGUCACAGGACACUCACAUCUAAAUCAGAACUUUUUAAUUUCCAAAAAAGUAAAUUUCUUUCAAGUUUGCAUCACAAACUGCACUUUUAUUCAAUUGUUUCUUUCUACAGAACAUUGCGGCCCAUUUAAUGAAUGUUCUCCUGAAUGGAGAUUCCCUCAGGUUAAUGUUUAAUAUAACUGUAAACUUCCCAGGGAGAUUACCUCCCUCUUCUUGCCUUAUUUAGCUUUUUAUUCGUGCAGAUGUGGCCUUUCAGGAAUGGAGUAUAAAUUGUUGAGUGGUAGUUAUAGCUUCCACAGGUGCAUGUGUCACAAAAGCACAUCCCUAUUUUAAAGAGAAUACAAUUUGCCUUUUAUAAAACAAAGAAAUACAUCAAACAGAGAAAUGAAAUGUGAAAAACAAUAGAAUAAGUGGAAGUGCAAAGUUUAUAACCUCUGCACUGAAGUAUUUUCUCAAAAUUACUGAAAUAAGUCGAACAAUUUGCGCUUCUAUCCUCCAGCAAGUACUCUGUUGAGCUGUUGUACUUGUGCACUAAUUUGAGGUCUUUGAAACUCUUUUUGUAGCUAAGACAUUGCUUGAUAUUGCUUGUUCAGAAUGUCUGUGUCUAAGGUGUUUUACUGUGUUUUUUUAGUGAUGUCCCAGGCAACGUGAGGUCGGGGUAUUUAUUUAUUGCAGUAUCAGUGGAUUGGGAGAAAAAUGAGAGAAGAUGAACAGACUCAGUGGGCUUGAAAUGUGUUGAUGCGGUUUUGCUUGUACGUUUGUUUUUCUAUUGUUUGUGUAUUCAGGGACACAAAGUUAACAAGAUUCACAAAUAGAAAAAUUGUUCAUUACUUACUAUCAAUUUUCUCCAGAGGGUGCCCUAUUUCUGAGUGUUUUGUCAACAAAAAAUAACCGUGUUGCCCUCAAAAACCCAACAGGCUUAACUCCUUUGAUUGUAUUGUUUCCUCUCAUAGGCCAACUGUACAUUACACAAAGUAUUCAAGCCUAUGCCAAUCAACUUACAGUAUAGUUCAUGAUAUAUGAUCCACACAUAAUGAGCUUAGUAUUUACCUCACAUUGCAUCACUGUCUUCCAUUGCUCUCCAAUCGUACUCACUUAGGCAAUCUGGUCAGCUGCCGGCGGCAACCAGAGACUGAUCUUACCAUUGACGAUGACUGUACCUUGAGAUUUCUGAUUGUUUUCAAGAGGAAGAAAAAAAAAUCAGAAAAUG